GCGUGCGCCAGCUGUGUCUGACAUUUUGAACAGUGAGAUCUGAUUACGUCCGAUCGUGCGGUUGAUUCAUCGAAUUAUGCAAAUAUUUGCCUCGUCUUAUUGAUUACAGACACGCACAUAAUUGCUUGAGCGUUUUCGGAAGUCAGUCGCGGCGUUUGCAAAACGUGAAGAUGAGUUUUCUAGGGAAAAUGUUCGGCGGCAAAAAGGGCGACAAAGCCCCAACCACGGGAGAGGCGAUUCAGAAAUUGCGCGAGACUGAGGAAAUGUUGAUGAAAAAAGAAGAGUUCCUCGAGAAGAAAAUUGCCCAGGAAAUUGAUAUUGCCAAGAAAAAUGGAACCAAGAACAAAAGAGCUGCAAUUCAAGCCCUGAAGAGAAAGAAGCGCUAUGAGAAGCAACUGCAACAAAUCGACGGCACUUUGUCGACCAUCGAGAUGCAACGAGAGGCUUUGGAAGGAGCAAACACCAACACAGCCGUCUUGCAGUCCAUGAAAAAUGCAGCUGAAGCUCUUAAGAACGCUCACCAACACAUGGAUGUUGAUCAAGUCCACGAUAUGAUGGACGACAUUGCCGAACAACAAGACGUUGCGAGAGAAAUUUCGGACGCCAUUUCAAACCCAGUAGCCUUUGGACAAGACAUUGAUGAGGAUGAGUUGGAAAAGGAACUCGAAGAGCUGGAACAGGAAGAGCUCGACAAAGAGCUGCUUGGAGUUGCAGGGCCGGCCCCAGAGGAACUCCCGAACGUGCCUGUCGCAGAGCCUUCAGCUGCCCCGAGGGUUAAACCAAAAGCCAAAAUUGAAGAGGAUGAUGAUUUGAAGGAACUUGAGUCAUGGGCAGCGUAAAUUGAUUGAAGAUGGUUCUUUCGGCAACAUUUGCCUUAUUAUAUUUACAAAUUUCACGUAACCUAAAUUAUAAUUUUCUAUCCCGAUGAGUUGAUUUCAAGGAUCAGACGCAGUGUAAAUAAAUACGGAACGUUGUCAGAUAUUUGCAAAGGGUCAAAAUUUAAUAUUGCUGUAUGAUUUAGUGCUGGGGAAUUUAAACAAGCUCGCCCUCUUUUGUGAUAGAUUACCAGCUUGGAUUUAUUGUAUGUAUUUGAAUAUGACAUAAUUAUAUGAGAUGUUGCUGCAUCAUCAAGACGCGUGCACGCAAAUUCAUAAUAUUCAACCACUGAAAAAGAAAUACCAUGUGCGCUUGUGGAGAUAUUUAAAUUAAAAAAGCUUUGCAAUAAACUUAAUUUUCUACGCAUUCUUUUUUAGUCAGCAAUUUAAAACCUUACACAAACAAAAUUCAAUGCUUAUUAUUUUAAACUACACUCUUCUUCUUUUAGUAAUGUUUCCCAG